GCUCUGCGCAAAAUAUCUACUACGCUCUACGGCACCAUCCACUUCACAGAGCUGUGCAAGAUCUGGUAGAUCGAUUGGGAGAUCUUUGCUGGCACAGGGGUCUCGUCUUGGAGAGUGAUGCUGCUUACGCGAACGACAGGCUGGUGGGAUAUUUGUUGCAGCGCAACAAGACUGAUUUCUGCUUGGCCGGAAGUAUUGUUCACGCGUGGUUGCCACAGGCGUUUCAGGCUGCUUAUGCCGACAUGGCAUUCAAAGAAUUCUCUGAAGCUGAUGCCACGGCUGAUCCUAGACUUGUCGAAAGUCUCAGUUUUCAUGCAGUGAAUGGGCGAAGACUGAAAAGCUCGAAAGAUUUUUUGGCCAACGUGGAUUCCCAAUGGAUUGUCAGGUUAUUGGCACUGGCCAUGGAACCUACCAGAGUACUGAUUUACUAUUGGUUGUCAUGCCUUGGGGUUAGCUUUCAAUUUGGUGAACGACCUGCGUUGUUCAAACUCAUUGAUCCAAGAUGUAGCGUUGUAUGUGAAGCCUUGCAACACUACAGUGCUUUGCUCUUGAGCCAGUCUGGGACAGGCCGCUUGGAGCUACUCUGGUCAAGCAUUGACUUUGCAAAUUACAAGGACUUUUGUGCAAUUUUUCCUGAGAGAUGCAGAGCCAUCCGUCGACUGUUAAUGCUUGGGGCUGCAUGGGUGUUCAGGCGGCAUUUCGUGUACUUCAACAGCGAUCAUUUGGCAUUGAUGAUGUGUGGUGACAAGGAUUCCCAUGCAGAAACCCUCAAGACUUUCUUGGGGUUUUGGGAGCACAAGAACCAUUGCUGCUUCCCUCCCGGUCUGGCACGAGACUUUAAGCAGUUGGGGCUGCAUGCUGGUGACUUGACACAUGGAAAUUCCAAGAACUUCUUGUACGCGAUGGCAUCAACACUGCAACUGUCUAUAGCCGACGUGGAAGCAAUGCAUUCACAGAAUCGUGCACUGACUGGUGCAUCCUUUGCGAGCAUUUCUGCCAAGUUCAUCAAUGCCGAGUCCAAACGUUUGCGUGAAGAAGCAGCAGCGCUUCAGUAUGGGAAGGAUGGGUUAGGUGACACAGCAGGCAAAGUUGGCCAGAAUCAAAGGGGUGGUGGUUUGAAGGUGUCCUUCGCCAAACAAAAAAAAACCACUCCAAAAGGAUUGUCAGCUUUGGAGAUCUACCGAAAGCAUUUUCUGGAAGUGCGGGGUCGGCAUGAAACGAUCAACCCCUGUUCAAAGGAAAUUUGGGAUGAGGAUAUAUUGCCAAGUAGGGUCGUGCUGAUUGGGGCAAAUGAGUCGUUUGGUGCCAUGAUUGCAACCCCUGAAACGUCUCCCGCCAUCAGUGGAGAGGGUGAUCAAGAUGAAGCUGAUGAUCCAGCGGAUGAUCAGGGUGAGGGUGGACAGGGUGAAGAGUCCCAAGAGUUUGAUUUGUUAGCUUACCUCGAGAUGACAAGGGCCUCAGAACCCAAGCCUAAACGAAAAAAGACACAACAGGCGAAGAAACAGGAGACCACAAAAGAGUGUAAUGAUGACCACAAAAGAAAUGAUCCGAUAUUGGAUGACCCAUCCCUUUCAACUUUUCUGUCGCAGCAUGACAUUGCAGCCCUGAAAAGCGCACGUGAUCAAUGCCAGAUGAUGACCGGUGAGGUACAUGAAUGGAUUGCUGGUGAGGGAGUGGGUUCAGGACCCUUCAACGGAAAGGUCGGCAACCGCUACACCUAUGACAGAUGCUGUCUCCGCUAUGCCAGAAGUUGGGAGCAGUGUGACGCCGGGAACGGCAAGAAGAGCAAGGCUUCAUCCCCCAAGUCUCACACGUCUGGUACUCCCAGUUCCUCUUCCAAGAAGGGACCCAACAAGACUGUGCGCAAAACCGUGCUGAAGGUCAACUCCCCGAAGAGUCCAAAGACAUCAUCCCCGAAGAGUCCAAAGACAUCCUCCCCGAAGAGUCCAAAGACAUCUCCCAAGAACCAGGAGAAAACACCCAAGAAGAACCAGUCACCUAAGACCAAGAUGUCCCCAGGUAUGAAGAAGCCAUCGGCCAGCAUGAGCCCGAUGAAAGGGUCUCCCCGUUUGAGUUUGAAAGACAAGGUGAAGAAGGAUAAUUUUCAGAACAUCUUGGCAAAGAUCUACAAUGAAUAUGACGACAUGAAGCAGUAUAACAAGAGCUUCAAUUGUUUUGGCGCUCGGAGCUUGAGAAUCGCGGCUGGCAGUGCUCGGUGGCCGCAAAGCCGCGCGAUUAGUCGAAGUGGGAGAAGGUUCGUCGUGGUGACGCUCAGGGAGGACAUUUGCAAGUGGUGCAAGAGGGCGUUUGAGACAACUCCCAACCCACUGGUGGCGAACCCGGGGGCUGGUGACCUUUUGAAGCGUCGAUGUGCGAAUGGCAGAGACUGCCGCCCGUGCUUUGUCUUUAUCAAGAACCAUGACGUCUACAAGGAGUACACAACUUCUGGGCUUGUGGAAUUCUUGGGUGAAGGUUCCAACCAGGAUGACUACAACGCUGCCCUGGAAGAGUACUGCAAAAGCGUUCGUGAUGGAAAGAAGCGCACUCGCAGUCGAGGUGAGUCGAAGGCAAUUGCAGAGCAGUCGAACAGCUUUGCCACAAAGCAGAUACUUGGGUACUUGUGGCCAGUUCCAUUGCUCAAAAGGCAUGAACGCCCGAUUCCGAAGAAACUCACCACCAUACAGCAUCAAGGAAAGCCGUUGAAAGGCGCAGUAGAGGUUGCAUCAACCAGCGCCAAGACCGCCAAGCAGAUACAUGAAAUUGCUGAUGGAGGAUCUUCCGACGAUGACAAUGCUGCCGAGGCUUUCGAAGCAGCAUCGAAGAAGGUCAGAGUCAGCGCCAUUGCCAAGGAUGAUGAACUUUCCUUGAAAAUGCCGGUGAAAGCAUCGAAUGAAGACGACGAAUUGAUGAACAUGCUCUGGGGUGGCAGUAGCUUUGGGGGAGCCAGCGAUGAUGCGGAGAACAGCGCCCCUGUGAAGAAGAAGGUCAGGACAGCAUCUACCGCUAUCCCCCGUGCUCGUGGGGCUCAGUCGUCACAAGAUCAAGCAGCCGCUAGCGCUGCAUCAGGGCAACAGUCAGAAUCCCAGUCUGAUGGUGGAGCCAGGUUUACUUUCAGCAUGGCUGGUGGUGGGAAGAAGAGCGCGGCUGAGACUAGAGAACUGGACAAGAGUGAAACCCUUGUUCUUCAGUCGAGUCAGCUCAAGCAUCAGGUUGAAGACGCCAGAGGCGUCAUGAAUGUCUCCCUUACCAAAACCAAUUCCUUGUUGGACAAAGUGGACAGCCGACUCAAUGAGUCCACCAAGAGUUUUGUGGAGAUGAUCCGUGUCCAGGGUCCCGGCUGCCGAGCUGAAACAGUUUGGCAGUCUUUGAAAGAUGCCCGAUCCAUGCUUCAAGCUGUGGCAGAUUUCUUGGAAGCACUUCAAGACAAGGAAGCAGCCCCAGAAACACUGGGUGCUCGUGCACAAGUACUCCGUGACCUGAAGAUCUCCAUUCCAUUGCAGAUCAACAACGUUAUCUGCCAACGGACGUUGGUGUCUAUGUUUGAGGACGAGAAGUUUGGGGCAAUUGUCGAGUUUCUUGAUCCUGGCUUUGCAGAAGUGCGCCCAGAGGGCAUCAAGUCUGUGAUUGGGGAAAGUGUGGGUGAUGAAGUUUCCUUGCCGCUUGUGAAGGAGUUCCAAGCUGGAUGCGUUGCCUAUGUGAUCAACCAAUUCUUCCUUCGACACGUUUGUGCUCCGUCUGAUUCGAUUGAGAAGAAGAACGAUGUGACUGUUGGCUUCAGCAAGCUCAUGAGGUUCCUGAACGUUUUCCACACAUCACCGCUUGCCAAGACAUGCGCAGGUGACAAAAGUGCGCUGAAAGAUGAUUUGGUACGACUGACAUCGCUCCUGCAGGUGGCCACCUCAGACCCUUCCGCUGUCAAUCUUCAAGAUGCGGAAGCAGCAGAGCAGGCCAAGUCGAUUCUCAUCAAGGGGAAGAACACUUUCCAGACUGCCAUUACCAUCUACCCUGCCGGCGUCUUUCUUGCCGAGACCGUGUCCAAGCUCACGUCAAAGUUGCGACAAGAUGCAGCUUUGGUGUCUGAGAUCCAAGGUGCUGCAGAGUUUGCAGGAACUUUGAAAGCCAUUACCCGUGAUUCCAUCAUGAAAGAGCGUGCUGAUGGAUCAGACGUGGAGGUGUCAAUUCCACAGCAAUCAAAGUUUGCAGACAUGGUGGCAAAGUUUGUUUGCUUUGAAGAGAAAGCAUCAGAUGAUGCAAAGAAGGAAUGCUCUGCUGCGCUGUCCGCGAUUCAAGAGCGCAUCAAGCAACUCCAUGACGCAUUGCUGGAACUUGCCGCUUUCAAGUUUGAGAAAAAAUUCCCAGACUUUGAGGAGACAUUGGGCAUGCUUGUGGCAGGCAAGGUAGUGGAGGGCAAAGCAACUGACUUCUUGCAGCUGCUGGGUGACAUCGUGGGCUACCAGUGUUUUCCCAAGCUCAACCUUUUGAAGGUGCUUGGCAAGGAUCUUGCGGCAAAGCUUGAAGCAAGCCUUUCAUCAGUGCAAGCCGUUUGCCGAUCGAUGCAAGCGGCUGCCUCCAAACUUAUCACUUUGGCUGCAGACUCGGUGGAUGAGGGGCUCCUUCUUGAAGAGCGAUUGGUUUCCUUGUUUUCUACAAUCGCUGGAGUUGCCAUGAUGAGUGAGUUGGAGGCUGUGCUGCCAAAGUGGGCCACUAGCGUCACUGCGGUCAAGCAUUUGAUCGAAGGUUCUGUCACCAAAUUCAUGAAGGCAUCGACUGCAACUUUUCACAAGUUUGUCGUGCAGAUUAUGGAGACAGAGAUCAAUCUCGAAGCAGUGCUUCAGACUGGAGUUGUUGGGACGAUGGACAUGGACGACAAGGAGGGCAAGAGUGGCCUCGACUAUGCCAACCUCUACUUCUACUUGGCUUACAUCUCUAAGAUGAGCAGCCUGGUGGAAAUUGACGGGUGUUCGGAGGACAGGAAGGUGCAGGUCCAUGUGUCGUUCCUUUGCUUGGCUGGUUCUUUGCUUGGGCUAUCCAAGUACAUGGUGAUGUUUCGGGAAAAGAUCGAUGAGGCUCAGGAAAUGAAGCCUUUCAAGCAGAUUGUCGAUGAAGAGUUUGAAGCUAGGAAGGCCAAAACCAAGAUGACGCAGAUCUUCAAGAUGCAGUUAGUGGCACAGGUGGGCACGCACUUGGCCAAAUUUGCCUCAUCAAUCACCUCAUACCUGAACAUGAUCAACAAAAUGAAUGACACGGACAAGGAACAGGACUACUUCAACAAGAUCAUGGGGAAGAUGAGCACCUAUGUUGUGCAGUUGCUCUCCGUGUGCAACGAUGAACUUGGGUGCAUGUCGAGCUUGUUGCACAACUCCUUCAAAGCAAUGCAGGCAGACCAUGACUUUCCCGGCAUCUUUCAGAAAGAGCACUUGGACAAGAAUGCCAUCUCAUGCCUAGUGGGCAGCGCUUCUACCCAGUACCUUUUGUUUGUAGGUACCAAAUCUUCGGCCAUUUGUGAGGAUAUCAAGUUGACUUUGGAGGCAGUGAGGGUUUUGCCCAAAGAUUUGAUUCUCACGCCGGCAGUGAUGACUAUGCUCACGGCCCUUGGUGGUGAUUUGAACCGAUUUGGUUCUUGCUCGCAGCAAGGUGAGACGCGUCUGGGCCUUACAAAGAGAUGUUUGGAGAUUUUGUCCAAUAAGGGCAUGCUGUGUGAG